CCAGCGCUGCCUCCAGGUCUUGCCGGAGCGGUAUUCUUCGCUGGAGACCAGCAGGACAGCAUUGCACUAGAACCUGUGGUGGCAGCUGCCAUAUACAAGGCAUUAACAAGCCUUGUCAAGCAAUGUGAGGCUGACAAUUGCAUUUUUUGCACUCUCUGGGCUGGAUAUGUUGGACUCCUUGGAUGUGGUGAACAAAGACGAUAUAAUAGAGUGGAUUUAUUCCUUGCAGGUUCUUCCCACAGAAGACAGGUCAAAUCUGGAUCGCUGUGGUUUCCGAGGUUCUUCAUAUUUGGGUAUUCCAUUCAACCCAUCAAAGAAUCCAGGCACAGCUCAUCCUUAUGACAGUGGACACAUAGCGAUGACUUACACUGGUCUUUCCUGUUUAAUUAUUCUUGGAGAUGAUUUAAGCCGAGUAGAUAAAGAAGCUUGCUUAGCAGGCUUGAGAGCACUUCAGCUGGAAGAUGGGAGCUUCUGUGCUGUUCCUGAAGGCAGUGAGAAUGACAUGAGGUUUGUGUACUGUGCUUCCUGCAUUUGCUAUAUGCUCAACAACUGGUCAGGCAUGGAUAUGAAGAAAGCCAUCAGCUACAUUAGAAGAAGUAUGUCCUAUGACAAUGGCCUGGCACAGGGGGCAGGACUUGAGUCUCAUGGAGGAUCCACCUUUUGUGGCAUUGCGUCACUGUGCCUGAUGGGUAAACUGGAAGAAGUUUUUUCAGAGAAAGAACUGAACCGGAUAAAGAGGUGGUGCAUAAUGAGGCAGCAGAACGGGUACCACGGAAGACCUAACAAGCCUGUCGACACCUGUUACUCUUUCUGGGUGGGAGCAACACUAAAGCUUUUGAAAAUUUUCCAGUACACUAACUUUGAGAAGAAUAGGAAUUACAUCUUAUCAACUCAGGAUCGCCUUGUUGGGGGAUUUGCUAAAUGGCCAGACAGUCAUCCAGAUGCUUUGCAUGCGUACUUCGGGAUCUGUGGCCUGUCACUAAUGGAGGAGAGUGGAAUUUGUAAAGUUCAUCCUGCUCUGAAUGUAAGCACACGAACUUCUGAGCGCCUCCGAGAUCUCCAUCAAAGCUGGAAGACCAAGGACUCUAAACAGUGCUCAGACAAUGUCCAUAUUUCCAGUUGACUAACCCUGGGGUAAAGGGUGUGUAGCAUACGUGUAGCUCAAGGUUAAAAGCCAUGUGUAACCAAGUGUGCUCUUCUUUAAGGGUUAGUCGUAAAAGUCAGAAGCGUGUACUGCUAGUUCUUCAGGAUAUGCUCUUAGGCCAGUGACCACUGUCAUGGAUUUCAAGAAAAUCCUUGUUGACGUGUGGACAUCAGCAGAACUCUGGUAUGGUUCUUAACUGUUACACUGUGUUUCUGAGACCUUUCAUGGGGCAGAUAUGUUUGUAGGUUAUCUUCUUAAAACCCUCAGUACAAGUUCUGGCUUACAAAAUGUACGUAAACCUUCAAAACAAGUUUACACUCCAUAUGGCAUUGAUAAUCUUCAGGUGAGCAUUUAACGAUCACUUAAAAAUCGCUACUGCUGAUGGGAAGAAAUUUGUUUAUUGAAUUAAGUAUCUGGGAUUAUUCUUUAAAAAUUGAUAGUCUCAUAAUUCUCUUAAAGAAUAACGUAUUUUGCGUUAUUCUUAAGGUGUGCCAACUAGACUUGUGUAACCUAUACAGAUAAAAAUUAAAAGUUCAUAUAAGAAAAAUGUAGGCUUAACUAGUACUAUAGUUUUGUAAAGGGAGAGUAUUACCUAAUUGAGGGAGAAGUAAUUGAACUGUUUAAUUAUGAAUGAAAAAGUUAUGUGUCUUUAUUAUAGAUUCCUUAGGGGAAUACCUGAUGUGUUUUGUUUUAAUCCCAAAUCAUUGACUGCCAUUUGUCUGGGGCAAAGGAAGAAACAAUCUUUGCUAACUAGAGAAAAGACAUUCAGUGUUUUAUUCUUCUGAGAAACUAUAAAUUAUACUUGUAUGACUAUCACCAAGUUCUUUUUAGUUGCUUAGAUUUUUUUUUUCCGGUGUUUUGUGGUUACUAUAGUUAAUGGCUUUAUCUUCCACCUACCAGGUUGAGCAUCCUUAAUCCAAAAUCCACUCUCUGGGUCAGGCAUAGUGGCACAUGCCUUUAGUCCCGUACUCAGGAGGCAGAGGCAACCAGAUCUCUUUGAGAUCAAAGCCAGUCUGGUCUAAGAGUGAGCCAGUCAGAGCUAUAUGAUAAAACCCAGUCUCAAAAAACAAAACAAAACAACAACAAAAAUAAUAAUAAAAUCGAGUAUCUGAAAUGCCCUGGAAUCUAAAUUUUUUAACCGACAGCAUGACACAAUUGGAAAAUCUCACUCUUUAUGUUGAAGGUCACAGGUAAAUUUCAGAGACACUGUAAAUAGUGUAUAAAACCACUUGAAACUACUGAAGAAAGUGUAUGAAAUAAUGCAUUCUGUAUUUAGACCAGGUCGAACCCCAGUCACAAGGUAAAGUGUAUAUGCAAAAUCUGAAAGCAAAAUCUAAAACUGGAAACAUUACUUUUGAUCCCAAGCAUUUUGGAUAAUGAUACUCAACCUGUAAAUACUUUUCUAAUGUUUUUAAGUUUGGUAAAUCUUAAACAGAACCACUGAAGUAUAAAUAGUCAUUUAUAUUUUUAUAUUUUUGGCUAAGCGGGAGGGAAAUACAUUCAUUUAGAGGGAUAAACUAGGGUUUUACUUACUUGUCAUCUUGUUUUAUUGUCUUAAUUCUAUGAACUAACAACCAAAUGGAGAUGGUGUAAGAAUCCUUUGUUAGCAAUCAACAUGCUACAUUAAAUUACAUCUAUGACUUGGUGACAAGAAGGACAUUUCUUCAGUAGAGGAAACGGGUGUGUUAGUUUUGGUAGUAAUAAGAGUUGUAUUAUUAAUCAACAGGCAUCAUUGUAAAAGCUAAAUUACUAGUGUCCCUCGAUAGACAAUAGCAUUUUCAUUUAUUUUCUGAAUUAAAGAUUCCUACAUAACAGUUCUUCUAAAGGAAA